CCCAAUUGUUCAAACAGAUUAUCCAGUGCCAGUGGACUGUGGACUGUGAAUUUGACUUCCAGUUGCUCUGAAUGUCACCAGCAAAAGUUGUGAUGUAGAUCAGGCUAUCUGCACAUGUCAUGCAAUCAUAAAAGCAGGAGUCGUGGCCUUAAUUAAUUAUGCACACCUCGAAGUAAUGUGUUUCAUUCAUUAUGGUGUAUUGUGUGGCUCCGAAUUGUGUCAAGGUUAGCACAAAGAACAAUCGAAUGACGGAUGGGACCCAUUUUCAUGAAUUUCCAAAGCCAGUCGAACGAGAGAGGAGGAAGCUGUGGAUUGAGAAGUGCAAACGUUUGGAGUGUUGGAAGCCUGGGCCUUGGGCCAAACUUUGCAGUGAUCACUUUCUCGAUACGGAUUAUCACAUGAAGCCGGAUAUCUGCAUCCAACUGAAUAUUAAAUGCCACUUGUUAAAAACAGCUGUUCCAUCUGUAUUCGAUUUGACCAACCCCACUUACAUGCGACAGCCUCCAAAGGAAUGUUCGUUAGCCAAAAAACGUAAACAUCAAGAAACUAUGGUAGCUGAGAAUGCGUCGAAAACGGCGAAGAUGAACAAGAAGAAGAAAGAAGACGAGGAUCCAGUGAAUGAGGAGGAAGAGGAAGAGGAGGAGUUCACGGUCGAGAAGAUCGUAGACGUGCGCGUCAAAUAUAACAAAGCGCAAAAGAGAGAAAUGCGGGAGUAUCUUCUCAAGUGGAAGGGUUAUCCAGAUUCUGAAAAUACAUGGGAACCGGAAGAAAAUCUUGACUGUCCAGAAUUAAUCGCUGAAUAUGAGGACCGAGCGGCAAAGAAACGUAAAGAAAAGGAGGAGAAAAAGAAGCGACAGAAGGACGAAGACCACGCGCCUGCCAAGAAGAAGAAAAAAAUAGUCGAGGAGGAUGACAACAAACCACGAGGUUUCGACCGAGGGCUUCAGCCGGAGAAGAUUAUUGGUGCCACAGACAGUAGUGGCGAGUUAAUGUUUUUAAUGAAAUGGCAGGAUAGCGAUGAGGCCGACCUCGUUCCAGCACGUCAGGCUAACGUCAAAUGUCCGCAAAUCGUGAUUUCGUUUUACGAGGAGCGGCUCACCUGGCAUACACACAACGAGGACAAUGACGACGAAAAGAAUGAUUGAGAAGUGAUGUGUCAAUAACAAUGUGUUCUAACUUUCGUACCAAUUUGCAUUUCAUGUGAGGUUUGAUGUGCAUCAGCUCAGUUUUGUGGAAUGCUUUGCACUUGAAGGAAGUUCUUUACCAUCUGGGAACAUGGCUGUGCCAGAUCGACUGUAAACAUGUUGGUAUAUCCUUAUGAGAUUCGAUAAAAUUCAGGAGACCUUUGUACUUUUCCCUGCCAUUGAGUAGUGGAUACACCAGUUCAACAGAUUCUGUUUGACGGUGAAAGCACCAGACACGUGCCAUCAGACAUGACCUAGACUACUUAAUGCGAUGGCCCUACUGCGCCAUCGUCAAACAGUAUCCUUGAUUUUAAUAUCUUCUUAAAAUUUUAAGGUACAUGUUCAUUCUCGGUUAAAAUUCCUACAUAGUAAAGAAACUCCCAUGCCUUCCCCAGUCUGAGCUGGUAUUUUUAAAAAUCGAAAAAAACUUGUGUGUUUAGCAAGCAUGGUUGCUCGUCCAUGUGUAGGUCCGAUUUUACCAUCAAUCAAGUUUGGUCAGAAUUAAGUGGCCGAGAGUAGUUCAAAGGGAUAAUGGAAAUAAGUAGAAUUACAAGUUUUGUUUUAUUUUUCCAAUAAACUGGAUGCACCUGUUCCAAUAUUACCAGUAAAGGGACCCGGAAAUGUAGUUUCGGUAGACUAUUUUUCUCAUUUUCUCAAAUUUUCUCCAAAAAUGUGACACCAGUCUAAACCUAAAGCACAAUUUUCCUAGCCUCUUCAUUUUAUCAGAUUUCACCAAAACGAGUCAUUGAUAAAAUCAUGUUUAGCUGGCGUUAUGUAUCAGUAACAUCAUAUCACUCCAGUCUAAUAGACUUGUCAUUUAAUAAUCAGACCUUGGAGAAUCUGCUUCCCAGCUUGAUGAGAAUCAUGAUUGAAGAACAUUGUUACCUGCCAGAUGUACACAACUCUGUGUCUCUGAACACUCCAAAAAUGCAGGCCGUCCAGCUCGGUAAAUUGGGGGGGGGGACCUACCUGAUUAUCAUCAAUAUGGUAAAUUGAGUCGCCAGGCUGAAUCAGAUGUUUGUGUGUGCUAUGUAUCGGUUGCUUUCCCCUCAAGUCCGCUGUAUCCUAAGUUACCCAUCACCCACAACCCAGUGUUAGACAAAGUCAGCUUUGAUCACAACUCCAGUUUCUGUCUUCAUUUUGAUACACGCUGUAGAGCUGGAAACAAUCGUUAGAAACUUCCUUUUUGUAAUUUAACCACUUUUGUACAGUACUUCUUGUGGAGUGCUGUACCAUGUCUGACGUUGUCGAGCCAGCUGACCUGUUGUAUGUUGUUGGUAAGUCAUGUUGUGCAGGCAACUCUGCCUAAGUCGGCAUUGUUUAAUCGCUAAGUAAAAUGUAAAGUGAAAAAAUACUUGCCCCAACAACCCAACAAAUGGUGUUGUUGGAUGCACUUUGACUGCCUGAUAAGCAGGGAAACGAUAAGUUCCAUGGUUAGCGAUUCUGACUUGGGCAGAGUUGCAUGUUCUUUUAACCUUUUGUAAAUAUUGUCAGCCUUUUGUUUCUUUUCUCAAUCCUGUCAGAGAUCCAAUUUCAAUUUGAUAUUUUAUCGCUACCUUCUGUAAUUGUAACAACAUUAUUGUGUCUAGAACUUUAGUACUGACCUGUUUGCGCCAUUUUGCCAUAUUUUGGACAUUAUGACUUCUCACAUCAACAAUUCUGGUCGCUGAAGUCAGCCAUUGUUUGAAGGACAGCUUCGUUCCUAUGAAUUGUAUACAGACAAACAAGUGUAAUGCAAUAUGACAACAGUCUACUUAGCAUUUGAUUUUAGGAAUAACAUUUAUCUCUCGUACAUACUAGGAAUAUUUGAUCAUGAAAUUCAUCAUUUGUAGUCAACAGUGUCAAUAUAUUUCUGUAACUCAUGUCAGUAAACAAUUUUAGUA